ACUAGGAAGCGCGCAGUCACCGCUUUGAUCCGCGCGCACCAACCUACCAACCGGCUAGCGAGGAGCUCUCUCUUGGAUCCCCCUCUUUCUCUCCCCGCCUUGCUCCCUCUUUAUUCCUCCACAUAUAUUCGGUACCGGGUAUUCCGAGGAUAAAUGUAAUCGGAGCUCACAGUGGGGAGACGCUAUUGUCGCUUUUCCCCCAUGGAGGACUGUUGUUCCCCGGAAAACGAGAGGAUGGAAGCGUGGCUGGACGACCACUUGGAGUUCACCCAUUCCUACUUUGUCAGAAAGGCGUCAAGGGAGAUGGUGAAUGCCUGGUUUGCUGAACGCAUCCAUUCCUUUCAGCCAUCUGUGUCCAAAGAAAAUCCUUCACAGCAGCGAGCCCACCAGUCCACCACUGACCUUGGCCCACCCUGUGCCUCCACCAUCCUCCCACCUACCCUCAGCCACUUGGACAACCGCUGUCCAUCCCCAGCUACAGUCCCCAGCCCGGCCCCUGGUACACCAACUCGCAAAAUCUCAGCGUCAGAGUUUGACCGCCCACUCAGACCCAUUGUGGUUAAAGACUCAGAGGGCUCUCUGACAUUUUUGAGUGACGCUGACCGUGAAAUUGUCCCUGUCAGGGGCUUGGUGAUGGGUGAGGGUGGUAUUGGUGGGGGAGGUGGGAAUGGAGGUGGUGGUGGCCUUGAGGGUGACCGCUGUGCCAGGCUGCUGGAGCUGGUGAAGGAUGUGUCGAGUCAUCUGGAUGUGACAGCGCUCUGCCAUAAGAUCUUCCUCCACAUCAAUGAGCUAAUUGCUGCAGACCGCUACUCACUGUUUCUGGUGGGUGAGGAUAGCUCCAACAGGAAGUUCUUGGUCAGCCGGCUGUUUGAUGUGGCAGAAGGAACCACUCUGGAAGAAUCUUCCAGUAACUCCAUCCGACUGGAAUGGAACAAAGGGAUUGUGGGACAUGUAGCUGCUACGGGACAACCACUCAAUAUCAAGAAUGCUUACGAGGACCCCAGGUUUAACGCUGAGGUCGACCAUAUCACAGGUUACAAAACCCAAAGUAUCCUUUGUCUGCCUAUCAAGAACCACAGAGACGAGGUAGUUGGAGUGGCUCAGGCUAUAAACAAGAAAUGCGGGGACGGUGGAGCCUUCACUGAGCAGGAUGAAAAGGACUUCUCAGCUUAUUUGGCGUUUUCAGGCAUUGUACUACACAACGCACAGCUGUACGAGACGUCGCAGCUGGAAAACAGACGCAAUCAGGUGUUGCUGGACCUGGCCAGUCUGAUCUUUGAGGAGCAGCAGUGUCUGGAGGUUUUACUGAGAAAGAUUGCAGGAACCAUCCUGUCCUUCAUGCAGGCCCAGGCUUGUACCGUCUUCAUCGCUGACGAAGACUCAAUGAACACUUUCUCCAGUGUCUUUCAUAUGGACUAUGAGGAACUGGGUGAAGUCCUAGAUGCUGCCAAAAGGGGCCACGAUAACAGUCAGAUUAACUAUAUGUACGCCCAGUAUGUUAAAAACACCAUGCAGCCUCUGAACAUUGCCGAUGUCACCAAGGACCAGCGCUUUCCUUGGACGAGUGAAAACCCAGAUCACUCUAGCAAUCAGAUAAAGAGUUUGCUCUGCACUCCCAUCAGGAAUGGCAAGAAGGACAAAGUCAUUGGUGUUUGUCAGUUGGUGAACAAAAUAGAUGAAGUGUCAGGCAGCGUCAAGCCAUUCAACAGAAAUGAUGACCAGUUCCUGGAGGCAUUUGCCAUUUUCUGUGGUCUCGGCAUCCAAAAUACACAGAUGUAUGAAACUGUAGAGAGAGCUAUGGCCAAGCAAGAGGUCACUCUGGAGGUCUUGUCGUAUCAUGCCUCUGCUGCAGAUGAAGAAUCACGGGAUCUCCAGGUAGCUGAAUUAGCAACCAUUCCAUCAGCCCAGUCGCUCCAUCUUCUGGACUUCAGCUUCAGUGACUUUGACUUGUCAGAUACUGAAACCACGUUGGCUACUGUGCGGAUGUUUGUUGACCUCAACCUGGUCCAAAACUUUCAGAUGAAGUAUACGAGUUUAUGUCAGUGGAUUAUGAGUGUGAAGAAGAACUACAGGAAGAAUGUGGCCUAUCAUAACUGGAGACAUGCCUUCAACACAGCCCAGUGCAUGUUUGUGCUCCUCAAGUCAGGGCACUUACAGAGCUAUAUGAGUGAUUUGGAGGUGCUGGCUCUAAUGAUUGCAACACUCUGCCAUGACCUGGACCACAGAGGAGUCAAUAACUCCUACAUACAGAGGAGUGACCACCCACUGGCCCAGCUGUACUGCCACUCCACCAUGGAGCAUCACCACUUCGAUCAGUGCCUCAUGAUCCUCAACAGCCCUGGAAACCAGAUCCUGAGUGGCCUUUCUCUGGACGAGUACAAGGCCACUCUGAAGAUGAUUGAAAGGGCUAUUCUGGCCACCGACCUCGCCCUGUACAUGAAGAGGCGAGGGGAGUUCUUUGAGCUCACCAAGAACAACCAGUUUGUUUGGGAGGAUGAACACCACAGAGACCUGCUGAGGUCAAUGCUGAUGACUGCAUGUGACAUCUCUGCCAUCACUAAGCCCUGGCCAGUACAAAAAAGGAUUGCAGAGCUGGUGGCCACUGAGUUUUUCGAGCAGGGGGAUAAGGAGAGGCAAGAGCUGAACAUUGAACCAAUCGACCUGAUGAAUCGUGAGAAAAGAGAUAAGAUACCGAGCAUGCAGGUGUCCUUCAUUGAUGCCAUUUGCAUUCAGUUAUAUGAGACCUUGGCUGGCUUUUCGGAGUAUUGCUCCCCGUUGUUGGAAGGAUGUCAGAAAAACCGGCAGCAGUGGAAGUGUUUAGCCGAGGAGUGUGAGAAGGGGCUUGUCAACGGCUUGGUGUGAUCCAAACACCAGUUUGGUUUUAUCCAACUCACAUUUCCAGAGUUCUACAUUUUCAACCUAUUCUCAUUAAAAUUAUCUAAUAGCAUAUUGCGUGGACUGACAGUGAGGUAGAAAAGUAAUUUUCCUACCAUGAAAAAAAAAUACUAGGUCUGAUAAUAGAAGAGGUCACUUGCCUUGAGCAGUCUUAAGAGUUUAAGACUUAAGCUAUUACAGUUGACAUGCCGCUGUCAGGUUUCACAGUUUGUCUUUCUUUUCCUUGUUGUAAUCUGGAGUUUACUCACCCAGCAAAGCGUUUGCCACAAGACAAGUCAGUUGACAUGUUGGUAAUCUGCCCAGACUUGGCAGCAAUUUUGCUGUCUCCCUGAGUAUCAGUAAUUCUUGUGAGUACUUUUCACAACAGAUAAAAAUAGAUAAACUAUGAAAUAACAUCAAAGUUGUACCCGUCCACACCCACUAUUGAACAUUCGUUAAAAAGUUGUAUGCUAGUUUUACGGCUAAGCCCUACCAUGAACAGGAAGGAAUGAAAUAUGUCCACAACAAGAAAUCAUUGUUUCUGAGGUCAUGCUCAUUUUAUCCUGUCAUCACCAUUUUUUCUCACUCACCAGAGAUAAUAACAAAGUCAGCACUAAGCUAUAUUUAUUACCAUAGACAUUGUUAUUUUUGCACAGAGUGGCUUUCAUAUUGAUGGUCUAACCUACACUAUCUGCGACAGGUAGUGAACUUUAGGGAACACUGAAUGGUUAAGCUGCAUACACAUUGGAAGCUCUACAUAUUUACUUCCAGGUAUUCUUUAUUCCUAUUGGUAGUUGCUUUGGUCGCUUGCCUAGAAGUUGAAAAAAAAUUAUCUUCCCUUAGCAAAUAGGAAAUGGUUAAUGGACUGAUUCUUACUUAGCGCUUUUCUAAUCUGCCUGAACAUUCAAAGAAUUUGAGUGUGGUUAUUUCACCUGUAAUCACUUGAAGUUGUGGGAUAUAAUUCACUUUCAAUGGUCUCUAUUCACUAUGUUCACUACGCUUCCAGUGUACAUGGAGCUUUGCAAAUCCUCAGAGAUUAGCACCAUUCUAGUGGGAUAAAGACAAUGCAAUUACUAUAUACUUUACAUAGUGUCACAAUAAUCUUAUAGACUUGUAAUAUGUCUUCACGGCACACGCACACACACACACUACGUGGAUUUGAGUCUUUCGUACAUUUUAUUCACUGUCUUAACUAUUGCAUAUUUAUUUUUGUUUUAUAUAUUUAUUAGAGUUUCUAUAUUGUAAGGUCAUUCUUUUGUCAAAGCACACAAUUAUUAUAUAGAAAAUGUUUUCAUAUGUGGAAAAAAAGAAUCCCAUGUCUUUUUUUUAUAGGACCUUUCUUAGGAACAACUCCUUCUUCUGAUGACAUUUGGAAAUGUACUGUAUUGUGUUAUUUGGAAUUUAGAUUUUCUAUUUUUCCAGCUGUAGGAAGAGCCAAAGACUAGAUCUGCGAUUUGAAAGGAAAAUGGAUCUAGAUAUUGCCACUGCCUUGUUGCGAUAAAGUACACAAUUCACAAUUUUACAGAACCACUUAUUUUUAUUUAUCCAUGUUUCUCCCUGUCCAGUAAUGCUGUUUAUACAUAGCAAUUUUACAAACUGAACGAUAGAGUAAUGUCUACAGAAUAUGAAGUAUGAUUUACUCACCGAGGGUGGCAUCUAGCUCUGAUACAUUGUGUGAUGCUGUGUAUAAUUUCUAUUUCUGUAAACCUGAUUUUCUGAUGGAUAAAUUUAAAAAUCUGUUCAAACAAGAUAUUUGCUACGAGGAAAAAGGAUUCUUUAACAUUUAGAGCCAUUUCUGUUGCACUACAAAGACUGAUUGAACAACAGAAUUUGGCAGAAAAUUUCAAAAUAUAACCCAGAAUGUAUCCAGGAGCAACUUUUUCAUUAGAUAAAGCUUUUAACUGUUUCAGCAUUUUGUGGUGUUUGGGUUCACUGCUGUCCACCCUUUAGAGACAGUGGUUUUCAGUCUGUAGUCAGAGGCGAGGUGUCAUCACCAACACAUUCAAAAGAACAAUCUGGUACCUUUGGACCUUGUGAAAUGCAGGUUUUUGCUGAUCCUGCAAGAAGGAACAAUUACUCCUCAAUAAAAGGGAUUUCAGCAUGUCCACACUAGGAAUAAAUAGAAAAUGCAACACAUUACUAUGACAUUUUUCUGUACACCUAGAGUGUUUUUUAAUAUCUAGUUUUGAAGGAUGUUACCAUUACCUGGCAUAACAUUACUUUACUUCAGAACUUCUCUUUUUUUUUAUGCAGAAAAGAAAAGUCCUGAAAUGUUUCGGUAAAUGAAACUGCUGAAUCAGCAGAACUGGUAAAACAGUUAAAUGUCCAGCCAAUAAACUGUUGAUGAGGAGUCACAGAGGUCUGGAAGCCACUACCGUACAAGGGAGGGCAGCAGAUACUUUCUGAAUACAUCUCACUGAAAAAAAUAAUGUAGGAGGAUGCAUAAGGACUUAGGAAAAGAGAAGAGCAGUGAGAACGGAUUUGAUCUGUUCGGUACAGUGGAAAUAAAAAGGCUUCUAUUGGAUAACAGUAUGAUAACAUUGUUGCAUAAGAGCAGUGGGAUCUGGCAGAACAUAUUUCACCCUCUGCUUUAAAGUACAGAUUAUUCUUUUUAGUUACAGGGUUUCAAAGUUUCUGAUAUUACUAUUCAUUUUAACUCAAGCACUUUUGUAGAUACACAUGCUCAGAAAGCUAAUUUGUAUCCGUGCUUGUCAUUUGUACAUUGAAUAAGUCUCCAGGACUAUUUUACUUGUGCCUGUAGCUUAGCCUCUGUGCUCUCUGGAAAAAAACAAAAACAAAACAACAACAACAAAAACCCCUCACUGCUUGGUUGUCAGUUUUUUCUUUUGCAUGUAUAUGAGAGGGCAUUACACGACAGAGAUGGAUGGAUUUUUCUAGAUAAGAGAAUUGUGGGUUUUCUUUUGCAAAAUGUAAUAUGCUGAUACGGUACUAUGAUGGUGUUACACAUCUGCAACUGUCGACACCUUUCAACACUGUGAGCGAAGUAAAUAGUAUGUCCCAUUAAAGAAUAAUACUUAUUUACUA